AUGGAUUUAGAAAUAGUAAUAAAUUAUGAGCAUAACCAACAAGUAGUGGAUGAUUUAUGUGAGUCAUUCGAUGAAUUGGAGGAAUAAAAUGAAAAAUAUCAUUUAUAUAUGAAUCGUGGAUCUCGAAGGGAAAUGCUUGACAGAUAUUAGGUUUCGAAUAAUCAUUAUGCAAUUUUUGAUGGUCAUGGCUCAUCCCAUGUUGCUGAUUAUUUAUAGCAGAAUUUGCUACAAAGAUUACAAAAUGGAAUGUCAGAUGAGGAAUAUAAAAAAGGUAUGUGUUUAGCGAUGUCGAUAACAAUUUAAGCCAAUACAUGCAAUCUGGGUCUGUUGCUAUAUUAUUGUCUAUUUAAAAUAAAACUGUUACAAUAACAAACCUAGGAGAUUCCAAGGCUAUUGUAUUCCGAGAGAAUUUCAUUUGAAUAAUUAAAUUCUAUUCACAUCCCCCAAUCCAAAGAAGAAUAGUAGAGAAUACACAAAUAAGGAGGGUACGACUAUCAAUCCUAUCUCUGUAGGCUGAUAACAAAGAGACAAAACAUCUGCCGAGUCUCGGGCUCGUUAACUGUUACAAGAUCAUUCGGAGAUUUUUAUCUUAAAAAGUACAUCAUAAGCGAACCAGAGAUUUUCAGAUACUAGAUCUCAGAAGGUGAUAGAUUCAUAGUUAUGGCCAGCGAUGGUUUCUGGGAUGAACUUUCGGAAUAAGAAGUUUUAUAGAUCAUUCAGAAACUUGAUCAAAAUAAGAAUUUAGCAAAAUAGUUAUAUCAAGCAAUAUCAAGUGAUUAUAUAAGAGACAAUGUAACUAUAAUGGUAUUCCCAUUAUGA